AUGAUGACAGCCACAUCAUCGUCGCUAAUUCAGCGCGUAUGCUCCGUGCCUCUCGCACGUGCGGUCCGUACUCGCGCCAUGGCAGUGGUGAGCAUGAACCUGUCCACCACUCCAGCUCCUUCUCAAGCCUUGCGCGCCGACUCGCGCGUGCUCCUCGGCUUGUCCGAACCAGAGCUCCAGCAGCUCGCACUGGACUUAAAGCAGCAAAGCUACAGAGGGAAGCAGCUCCAUCAUCUUAUUUAUAAAAGAAAGAUUAAAGAUAUUCAGGAUUUCAGUCAAGUGCCUCUGGCAUUCAGGAAUGAGCUUGAGGAAGCUGGAUGGAAAGUUGGGAGGUCACCCAUUUACCAGAGUGUCACUGCUGCUGAUGGCACUGUUAAGUUAUUGAUAAAGUUGGAGGAUAACAGAUUGAUUGAAACUGUUGGCAUACCAGUUAAAGAUGAGAAAGGUGUGAUGCGCCUUACAGCAUGUGUCUCCUCACAGGUGGGAUGCCCACUUCGUUGCUCUUUUUGUGCCACAGGAAAAGGAGGGUUUUCAAGGAACCUUAAUAUGCAUGAAAUUGUUGAGCAGGUUUUGGCUAUUGAGGAAAUCUUCAACCAUAGGGUGACCAAUGUAGUGUUCAUGGGAAUGGGUGAACCAAUGAUGAACCUGAAGUCAGUACUUGCAGCACACCAGUGUUUAAAUAAGGAUGUGCAAAUUGGGCAAAGAAUGAUCACAAUAUCUACUGUGGGGGUUCCAAAUACAAUAAAAAAGCUGGCAUCUCACAAGCUUCAGUCAACAUUGGCUGUCAGUCUGCAUGCUCCUAACCAGAAGCUCAGGGAAACAAUUGUGCCAAGUGCAAAAGCAUACCCUCUGAGUGCACUUAUGAAGGAUUGCAGGGACUAUUUCGUUGAAACCAGCAGACGGGUUUCCUUUGAGUAUGCACUUUUAGCUGGAGUCAAUGAUGCAGUAGAGCAUGCAGUCGAACUUGCAGAGCUACUCCAUGAGUGGGGGCGAGGCUAUCAUGUGAACUUGAUACCUUUUAACCCAAUAGAAGGCUCUGAGUAUCGGCGUCCAUCCAAGAAAGCUGUACAGGCAUUUGCAGCUGCUCUGGAGUCCAAUAGAGUAACUGUUAGCACACGUCAAACAAGGGGCUUGGAUGCAGAUGCAGCUUGUGGUCAGCUAAGAAACAAGUUCCAGAAGAGUCCUUUGCCCACUGACUCCGACAACUUACAACCUGAAGAAGAUAGUGUUCUGGACACCACGCAUUUCCAUGUUCCUGUCCCGUCUUCUGCAAGAAGCUUAAUGAAAGUGGUGUUCAAAGUUGGAGCUGGUCUGCAUCAUCUACUUUUACUAGUGGCACUAGUAUCACGUAUGAGGAGGUACAGCCCACAGUACUAUAGUCCUCCAAGGAGGAGCUAUGGCGGAGGCGGUGGCGGAGGAGGACGAGGAAGAAGCCCCCCAAGGAGGCGCAAGGAGCAGAAUAGUGGAAGCCUUUUGGUCCGGAACAUUCCUCUUGAUUGCAGACCUGAAGAGCUACGAGUUCCCUUUGAAAGAUAUGGGCUUGUUCGGGAUGUCUACAUUCCCAAGGACUACUACACUGGGGAACCUCGGGGAUUUGCAUUUGUGCAAUUUGUGGAUUCUUAUGAAGCUGCAGAGGCUCAGUAUCAUAUGAACGGGAAAAUUUUUGCUGGGAGGGAGAUAUCUGUGGUUGUUGCUGCAGAGACAAGGAAAAGGCCAGAGGAGAUGCGUCAAAGGACUAGGGUUAGAGGGCCGUCAGAGCAUGGAGGAAGGCGAUCGUCUUAUUAUGGACGUUCUCGUUCUCGUUCACGUUCACCACAUUAUCCAUCAAGUUCUAGAAGCCGAUACCGCUCAAGGUCCUAUUCACCUGCUCCAAGACGCCGUGGUGACUCUGUUUCCCCAAGUAGAAGGCGCAGAGACCACCCAAGAUCACCACGUGAUCUUCCACUAGAGCGAGAUGCUGAUCAUGAUCGCAGGCCAUAUUCUCCAGGUUAUGACAAUGGUGCUGGGCCAAAUGAAAAUGAUGGAUAUGAAAAGAAACCUAUGCACGAGGAUAAGGAUGGAAGAGGUCAUUGGAGGUCUCCUAGUCCUGGUAGAGCAUCCAGAUCACCAUCUGGAUCUAGGUCCAGAUCUGCUGAGUUAUCACCUAGGCGCAGCAGAUAA